CAUUAGAGAGACAGGGUGAGGGAAGUACUGUAAUAGCUUUGACUGUCCCAACUUCUGCCGGCCACAGAGACCAGCUCACCCUACCUCACCCAUCUUGUCUCUCUCCUAGCUCUUUAAGAGAUUGUGGGGCAGCAGAUUCUUGCACAGCCUGGGCGGGAAGAAGGCGAAGAACCGUCCCCCGGGCCUCUGCGGGCGCUAGGACUUCCUGGAGCGACGCCGGGCGUCUGGGAAGAGCCGCUAGGAGCCUUCACCUGCUCGGAGGAGCUCCGGGGCGCCGGGGCACCAUGAAGGAUCGGCUGGAGCAGCUCAAAGCCAAGCAGGACCAGGAUGACGAUGCUGAUGAUGUGGAGAUUGCCAUCGAGAACACGGGGUUCAUGGACGAGUUCUUCUCCGAGAUUGAAGAAACCCGACAAAAUAUCGAGAAAAUUGCAGAGAAUGUGGAGGGGGCAAAAAAGCUGUACAGUAUCAUCCUGUCCGCCCCCAUCCCUGAGCAAAAGACGAAAGAUGACCUGGAGCAGCUCACGGCAGAGAUAAAAAAAAUAGCCAACAGUGUCCGAAACAAGCUUAAGAGCAUGGAGCGGAGCAUUGAGCAGGAUGAGGUCCAGUCGUCAGCGGAUCUGCGGAUACGGAAAUCCCAGCAUUCUGUCCUUUCCCGGAAGUUUGUCGAUGUGAUGACCAAGUACAACGAGGCACAGGUCGACUUCCGAGAACGUAGCAAAGGGCGGAUCCAGCGGCAGCUCGAGAUCACUGGGAAGAAUACAACGGAUGAGGAGCUGGAGGAGAUGCUAGAGAGUGGAAACCCCUCGAUAUUCACAUCUGGGAUCAUGGAUUCGCAGAUCUCAAAGCAGGCACUGAGUGAGAUCGAGGGGCGGCACAAGGACAUUGUGCGGCUUGAGAGCAGCAUCAAGGAGCUUCACGACAUGUUUGUGGACAUCGCCAUGCUGGUGGAAAACCAGGGCGGGGUCCUAGAUAACAUAGAGCUGAACAUGAUGCAUGCGGUAGACCACAUAGAGAAAGCGCGCGAUGAGACCAAAAAGGCUCUGGUAUACAAGAAAAAGGCACACAAGGGAGCCAUGAUCGACCGCAUAGAGACCAACAUGGACCAGUCGGUGGGCUUUGUGGAACGGGCCGUGGCUGACACCAAAAAGGCUGUGAAAUACCAGAGCGAGGCCAGAAGGAAGAAGAUCAUGAUCAUGAUCUGUUGUAUCAUCCUGGCCAUCAUCCUGGCUUCCACCAUUGGGGGCAUCUUCGCCUGAAUGCCCAUCUCCUGCCCUCCCCCACCACAGAUGGAUUUGCAGAUGGCCUUUCACCGUUCUUCCACUCUGCACCCUGGUGCCACCCGUCAAAUGUUCUUUCCCAUCUGGAUUUCUCACCAGCUCUACCUCCUCCUCUUUACGGAGAAGUCACAGGCCUGGCCAGUGGACCCUAUCUGUCAGAUAUUCACCAUUCAGAGCAGUCCUGGCUGGAGGGGCAGAGGAAGCCGGAAUAGAACAGGGAGGAUGGGCCACAAAGACAAAACCAAACAAGACACCAUGGGGAUGAUGCUAGCUGACACGAAGGGAAGUUCAUCUUCCAAUGUAACCAUUUUCAGACUCCACGUUUAUUGGCUGUUUAAAGUGCUUCUAAAUAUCAACCUUUUAGUUCAACUCUGUUCUUAGUCCUAGUGGCUCCUUCUGCCCAUUUGUGUGUGAAGAGUGACUAGCCAGCAGAGGACAUCCAUUCAAUGGAAUGUGUAUGCUCAGCACAAACUUAUUGAAGGGUGGGGAAUGGCACAGUCCUGCCUCUGUUGCUCUGGGAUCCUCAGUUCUCCUCCUUGGUGGACAGGGAUUAAAGACCGCAUCUGACAUUGUAACUGUCAGUACAUCAAAAGUGUGAUCAGGCACUGAACUGUCAGAACAUCUUUCCCCAGAUAAGCAAUAUAGCUGUUUUCACUCUGAUUCCUGUGACCCCUAUUUCUCUGGCUCUUUCCCAGUCCACUCCUGCUGCUGAGGGUGGGAAUCAGAACAUGCUUGACCUGAAUCACUGACACUUGGAAGGCAGUUAAGCCCUUCACUCACUCAGCUAGGGUCUACCAGAUCAGCGGGUAGUAAUCGAUCCACCGGGGAGUGAUUUAUCACGUCUCAUCUAGACAUGAUAAAUUGAUCCCUGAACGCCUUCCCCGUCGACUCCAGAACACCAGGGCAAGAGGCAGAAGCGGAGUUGACGGGGGAGCUGCGGCAAUCAAUCCCGUGCUGUGAGGACGCAAGGUAAGUCUAUCUAAGAUACGUCGCCUUCAGCUACGCUAUUCUCGUAGCUGAAGUUGCGUAUCUUAGAUCGAUUCCCCCCACCCACCCACCCCCCGCCAGUCUAGACCAGCCCUUAAGUCACAAAAUAGACUGUAUUCCCUUGUUUAGCUGUGGGACAGUCUCAUUUAUCCUACAGAAAAAUCUUUCACCUGAAAGUUUGUCACUUAUUUUGAACCCCCAAACUGUGUCAACUUGAGCGUAUUUGUUGUUUGUUUUCCCCCUCUCCUCAGAUAAAUCAUUUCUGCAGUAGGAUGCUGUCACUCCAUACAUCUCCUGAUGCUUCUAUUCCUUUGGGUCCUUGUCUAUCCACAUGAGGAAAGCUCUAAGGUUGCUUUCCCCUCCGUUACUUGUACUAGUGAGAGAUUCUUCAGAAAGAGGGAGACCUCCAUGAAAUCUAAUGAUCCCUCCCCAGUUACACAGAGGGCAAAUGACAUGUUCCCUUUGAGGGUCAGCUCUAAGUGGAGCAGAGGAGACUCUGCCUCACUCAGUGCUUAAGACAACCCCCACCCUGAAUUUAUAUCAGCUGUUAUUUGUAUAGUUACUGUUCUAAAGGCACAAUCAUCUAUACAGAAGCCUCUUUCUGAAUAAAGAGUUCAAUUCAGUGA